UCUGCCAUCAUGGAUCGGAUUGUGUCAUUAUUACUGGUUUUGAUUAGUGUGUCUGCAAGUUUGGCAGUAAAAUCGGAGAUUUUGUCACCCAUCAGAGCUGACGGUGUUGAAGCUGCUAUAAUUAUUGUUCCUGGUGCCUAUAUUAAAGGCAGUACCUACAAACCAUUGGCGCAGCAGUUACAAAAAUCAUCCAGCUUGAAAUUAUGGGUUGCGUUAUUAGAAGAAUUUCCAUUGAAUUUACCAAAUCCUUUACAAUUAAAUGGCGCCAUUUCUUCUGCCGUCAGUAAUAUCAAGAAGGAUGGCAUGACAACUAAUAAUGUAUUUGUAGCUGGACACAGCUUGGGAGGUGUAUUUGUUGGUAAUUAUGGUAAAUCUAAUCCUGUUAAAGGUAUAUUGUUAUUUGGAUCAUAUUUAACUAAAGGUAACAAACUAUCAGAUUAUCCAGUACCUGUUUUAACUAUAUCUGGUGAUCUGGAUGGUUUAACAAGAGUAACGCGUAUAGCCGAUUCAUUCGAAGAAUUAAAGGCUGAUGCAGCAAAAAGCCAAAAUGCUAUUUACCGCACUCCUGUUAUUGUUAUGAAUGGUGUCAACCAUGGUCAGUUCUCAUCUGGUACCAUGCCAUCUAAUGUUUUAAAAUAUGAUUUGACACCAGAAGUCGAUGCUGCAACAGCUUACACCAUGAUGUCUGUAAAUAUUGACAAUUUCCUGGUAACUGCUUUAGGAGCACCAUCAACAGCAACUGCUAAAGCUCGUGUUGGACUAACCCAAGCCUACAACAACGCCAACACCUUAUUUACGCCUCUUUUGAAUAUGAAAUCUUUGGAUGUCAACUCAAGGGGAUUCUCUAAUUGGACUGUUGAGGCCCAGUAUAUAAUUUCUGGUUUUACUUCACAAAGAUAUGUAUUAAAGGUUGGUAAUCAAGAACAAUCGGAAAUACCAUUCGUUGAAUCGAAACCUGAGGUAAAAACACUGGCAUCAACAGAACAGAUCACAACUCAUACCCACAUCUCUAACCCUUCAAAUAUCAUGGAUGUGUCCACUGUUAAAAGCAGUCCGGAUUCAAUUGAUGCCAAGUUGAAGUCUAGUGAUGCCGUUGCAGCCGCUUUACCCAAAACUGUGAAACCUCCGACCGGGCCAAUUAAUAAGACGUGUAUGGAUAUCAAUAAGGCUGCAUGGAAUCUUGCUAUGAAAACCUCCUCCCAGGUAGCCGUAAGGAGAUACCAAUCUCGCAGAGGAAGAGCAAUGUUGUUUGCCCCUGAUGUUGCUUAUGGUACAGGAUUCCAGUGGGUUGCGUCUGGUCUGAAGUGGGUAGAGACUACUACUAGUGUCACUGUUACAUCCACUGCCUUGUUAACAAAGGUCGAUGCUUUCCCAGCAGCUUUUGCUGGCAUGCACUACUGUAAAUUAUUGUCUCCAUAUCGAGCUAUGGAAUGGAUUUACGUUGAUUCUUUAAGACACAAAGCACAGAAAUCAGGGUGGAUUUUCGGAUAAAAUACCCAUUUGGUUAUUUAUUCCUACAACUCGAAUUAUGACUGUGGAAUAGAAAUAAAAACAUUAGAUUAU